AUGGACACACCGACUGACAAUGGAACCCAUGUGUGCCCCAACGGUAGCCUGGAUGUACUAGCCCGCAAUAAUGGGAGUGAUCUGCUCUUGUACUCCCGUUUUGCUCCGCCAAUUAAUCAGAUCGUAGAAAAGGCAAGCUACCCCCUCUGGUGCAUAAUUGGAUUACCAGGAAGCAUCCUAAGCAUGUACGUUUGGUCGCGCCGCAGCAUGCGACGAACCGGAAGUCCUGCAGCCGCGGUUUAUCAGUCUGCCCUCGGAGGUGUUGACCUUGUCUUCUUCGUUGUGCAGCUUUUUUGGUACCUUCAUAUGGCUUGGCAGUUACGGACACUGGACCGACCUGGCGUUUGUGAAGGCUUCGCAAUAGCCAACUAUCUCAUUCAAUACGCCAGCCCUAUGCUUACACUCGUGUUUACGGUGGAACGCUAUAUUGCUGUGUGUUUCCCAUUUAAGGUGGAAAUGUUAGUGUUUGGCAUGAUUCCCAUAAUUUGUUUGAUCCUCAAUCUCCUCGUAAUUCGCGAACUGCAUAAACUGGCAAAAGAUGAUAAAGAACUUAAUCGCGAAUGUUAUCCAACACUGAUUGGAAGACAGGCAAGGGCCCAGAGUUCAGCGCGGUUGAGCACUACGAGCUCUGUGUUCCUGCCACAGCUUGCAGCUGCCAUGGCUGAUAGCACGACAAAACAAUCAAGUACUCUGACCCUUCUGUGUGUUUCUUUCUAUUUAAUAUUUGCUCAUUUCUCUGUGGCCGUUAUGGUCCUCCUCUACAUUAUUCUCCCCAUGGGUGACCUUUGCAUGACGGAUGACCAAAUCGCUCAUGAUCCAACAUGGAGAAGGCAUUUCCGUUUUUUUACUGUCCGGUCUCUUAUUGAAUCCUUCGGAAUAUCUCAUUACGCAGCAAAAUUUUACAUAUAUCUCGCUACAAGCGCGGCUUUUCGUCAGCAGUGUUCGAACCUAUUCCAUUGCUACAGACAAGACACAAUUGACCAGCUCUCCAAUCAGGAACCAAGCUCAGGAAUGAGAUUCAGUGGACUGGGAAAUGGUGGUUCUACCAUAUUCUCUGCUACUCAGCCAACAAUGGGCUCAUCAACAUUCCGCUUUGGAAGUUCCAGACUGUCCAUUUAUGCUCCAUCAAAGCGUUGGUCAGUCUCCAGUUUCGGUUCGCGAAAUCUCUUUAACGAUCGCAAGGUCUCCUAUUGUGGUCGACAGCGUCCACAGGCUGGAAUUUCACGAACAGUUUUGAAUGAAAUCGGCGAAAGAGUUCAAAUAAGGUAG